AUGUUGUCCGCCAGAAACGUGUUGGUGGCCGUCACCCUGCUGGUGUUACUGGGCUUGAUCACUCUCACGCCUAGUCAGCCCCUUACUCUCAAACAAGUCUACGAUCCAGUCCCCGUACCUUCACGACAAUUCAAAAUCUCCUCAAAAGUCGCAGCGAUAGCCGAUACCUCCUUUACUCCUCAACAUGUUCCUCUCGUCAUGCAUUUCUCCGGCGUGCUUGGUCCGGAAUGGCCGAUAGUCUACUAUACCUCCCGAGAAACCUACGAUGCCUACUUAAAACCCGGUGUAGCCAACGUCAGCAGGGUCUGGACCCGUGCUCUCGAUGAAGGCCGAAUACAAGUCCGUUUCUUACCCGACAAAUUCGAAAUGACGUCCAGAACAGGUGUAAACGGCUUCUUGGCCGAUAAAUGGAUGUGGGAGGAUCUUGCACCGGCCAAGCACGUCUUGAUCUUCCAAGCCGAUGCGAUUAUUUGUGGCAACGCACAUAAAACCGUCGACGACUUUCUGGAAUGGGACUUUAUCGGAGCCACGUUGGCUCCCGAAGGGAGGAUGUAUAAUGGUGGAUUAUCCUUACGGAAUCGCGACACUGUACUGAAAAUCUUAAACGAACAUAAUUACGAGGAGGAUCUCAAGGCCAAAUUGUUCAAAUUUGAAGGAGAGGACGUUUGGUAUUCUAAGCAUAUGGAUCUGAUGGGUGCCAAAUUACCUAGCAAUGAGGUGGCAUUGGAGUUUGCCUGUGAAUAUCACUUUCAUAUCCAGGCGCAGAAACAGCCGAUGGGGUAUCAUAAAGUCCACAAGGCCGCUCCCAGUAAGAUCGGGGAGAUCGCAGAGUGGUGUCCUGAGAUCCAUCUGGCAGCACCAGGGAAGCUAGGGAAAACAUAG